UAGUUCAAUCAUUCGUAAUCGUCCACCACUCACAACAAUUUUGUUGUCGGGCUCUGGAAGUCAGUUAGUUUGUCUUAGCUCGCAGCUGAGUCAUAGAGCAGAGAUCACAACCACCACCAGUUGAAUUGUUAAGGUUUCGCGGCACUUUACGGUCCAUUCAAAUCCACUCAAAGAUUAACUACAAUAAAUAGAUCAGUUGUGAGUUUUAUCGCUAAUCGUGCGUAGGUGGAAUCGUGAACGUAAAAUCCAAUUAAAUUCCGAUAGAAAAGACCAUAGUAACUGUUCUUCGGCUGAUGUGAGGAAAGGAAAACGUUACGCAUCAUUAACAAGUGCCAAACCAACCAUUUUAACGGUCGUAAUUGAUUUUACAAUACAAAUUCCGAAAUAGUGACCGGAGCCGUGUUUUCUGAAUCAACUAAUAAAGUUUACGCCAAGGUGGUUCGAGAGUACUCAACUCAGCUUGAACAAAUUAAUAGUUCGAUAAAGAAUCAACGCAGCGCCCAGGCCCAACUUACAGGUUUUGCAUUUUAAAUUGAUUUGGCAGCGCAACUUCGAUUACUCAGAAUGGAUGCAAAGAUUGCAAUUCUUCUUGUGUGCACACUACAAUAUGUGAAUUGUGCUGGACUGUUGCGAACACCAAAAGUCUACAACGCUUUAAUUACAACUGAUGAAAACCUGACUCCAAGUCGGGCUUUCCCACUCAUCCAACCGACAAUCCAUGAAACUGGUAUCGCAGCAUUCCCGUUUGGUUUCCAUGCUUACCGUUACAUUAAUCCAGGACUUCGCUCACAGUUUGGGCCUCCAGGAAGUGACGCUCUAUUUCGAAGUGCUCCACCACACCCUUACGGCGCUUUCCCUAAAGAACAGAUUCCGCUAGAAUCACCUCAGAAUCAAAUACCAGAAUCCGGACCAGGGCCAUUAGAACUACCACCAUCUUCAAGUCAGGCUCCAAUCCGUGCCCCUGAAGGUGAAAUUCGUCCACCAUUCGCAUUGCCUCAUCCACCACAGGGCGGAGAACAACUUCCAAUUCCACCAGAAGCAGGCCGUCCCCCAAUUCCACUCAAUGAAUUCGGACUUCCACCAAGUCUAGUUCCACUACCAUCCUUCCCUCGCCCACAGAAUCCAAUCAACUUGCAACCCUACCCAUUCAACAGUUACCCAUUGAUCUAUGAUUCAUACAACAAUUUCCCUGAACAGUAUCUUCCUCCAUUCGGAUAUUAUCCUCCUGCAACUGCUUUUGGAAACGCCGGACCAAAGAAAGAAGGCCAACCUGGUUUAAAGCCAACUGUACCAGCUGAAAAGCCACAAUCGCCACAACCUGCACAAAACCCAGCUAGUGGAGAAGCAAGUAACAGUGCAACGUUGUCUCCAGAUGCAUUAAAGGUUCAACCAAACAUUGAUGGUAUUAAGAAUAUUAGCGCCAACAGAAAUAGCGAAGUCCCAGAUGUACCACCACCACCAAUACCAUCUGGUGCUAAAAGUGCUGAAUAAACGAGAAUGAAAGUGACAAAUUGAAGAAACAAAUCUUCUUUAAUGUCUACAAAUUAGAAUUUAUUUAAAAUUACAAAUAUUUAACUUAUUUUAUUUUAUACGAAAUGUAUUGUAAAAUUUGGAUAUAUUUUGAUAUUCAGUUGUAAUUUUAGAGUAUGUACGAUGUAUGAAAAUAAAUCCUAGUUUUUAAAUUUAA